CAUAUCCGUCAUAUGCUCUUUCAGGAAGUUAUCAGUUCUAAACUUUCCACACAUACUUCAUAUUCCUGUAGCCUCGGUCUUGUUCCCAUGCUCUCUGAACCAGUUAUCAGAAUGGAACUAAAGUCAUCAAUGGCAAACUCCUGCAUUUUGAAGCAAAGUUGAGUGUUGCCUGAUCACCGUGAAGUUUGGCGAGAUGCGGCUCCUUCGGCUUCUGCUGCUUUUUCUUUCUUUCUGGUUGUCACAUUCAGUGUUUAAAAUACCCUUAAAAAUCUUUGCUGGGAAUUUCAACGCGUCUGUACACUUGGACCUCAGGCCUUUGAAACAGAAUGAAGGCGCAGUUCAGAGCGGACUGUCCCUGGCAUCGGAUCCAGCGGGGAUUGUCAACUUUCUGGACAUGAUCAAUAAUUUACAAGGAGACUCUGGGAGAGGUUAUUAUAUGCAGAUGGUCAUUGGGACCCCGGGACAGACGCUAAACAUCCUGGUUGAUACUGGAAGCAGCAACUUUGCUGUAGCUGCAGCAGCACAUCCCUACAUCACACACUUCUAUAACAGAGCACUUUCCAGUACAUAUCAAAGCAUGGAGCGGGCUGUUGCAGUGAAAUACACGCAGGGAGAAUGGGAAGGGGAACUGGGAACUGACUUCAUUGCCAUUCCUCAAGGACCUAGCGGCAGCAUCACCAUCAACAUCGCCGCAAUACUCACUUCAGAUGGCUUCUUCCUACCUGGGAUCAAUUGGCAAGGCAUUUUGGGCCUUGCAUACCCUAUUCUAGCUCGACCUGACCCAUCCGUAGAGCCCUUCUUCAACUCUGUUGUGCGGCAAACCGGUAUUCCAGAUGUGUUCUCUUUGCAGAUGUGUGGUGCAGGAGUCUCUGCCAGCACUGCAGCUGACCCAGCGGGUGGCAGUCUGAUCAUGGGAGGGGUUGAACCGACUCUGUACCAGGGUUCAGUGUGGUACACCCCAGUCCUAGAAGAGUGGUAUUACCAGGUGGAAGUAUUGAAGCUUGAAGUUGGAGACCAGAAUUUAAAUCUGGACUGCAAAGAGUAUAACACCGAUAAAGCCAUUGUGGACAGCGGGACAACUCUACUGCGACUACCUGCAAAUGUGUUUAGGGCUGUGGUGGAGGCCAUUAUGCAAACAUCAUUGAUUGAAGACUUUUCUGCUGGAUUUUUUGAUGGCACAAAGCUUGCAUGCUGGAUGAGAGGGGAGUCACCAUGGAGACUUUUUCCUAAACUCUCAAUCUACCUCAGAGCAACAAACAGCAGUCAGUCAUUCCGCAUCACCAUUCUGCCACAGCUGUACAUCCAGCCAGUUACAGAUAUUGAUGGCACAUUGGACUGUUUCCGUUUUGGGAUCUCCCAUUCGGCCAACGGCUUAGUUAUUGGAGCCACUGUGAUGGAAGGCUUCUAUGUCAUCUUUGACCGUGCACAAAAGAGGGUGGGCUUUGCAGUUAGCACCUGUGCAGAAAAUGGUGGAGUACCAUUAGCGGAAAUCGCUGGGCCUUUCCUAGCUGAGGGUGUGACAUCAGACUGCAUGGGCGGUGCGUCUCUUAGGGAGCCUCUGAUGUGGGUGAUCGUGUACACACUGAUGGGCGUAUGUGCCCUGGUGCUGAUCGUACUCCUCAUCCUGCUCAUACUGCCCUGUCGACGGCACAGAGACGGUGAGAUUACGGACGAAUCUUCAUUGGUGCGUCAUCGCAUCAAGUGACGUCAGGGGUCGAUAGAAGAGCAGGAGGCACCGACUCAGCUAAACGGGACUGAAGAGAACUCUGGCCGGGUAACGGGGUGAACACUUUGCACUGAGAUUUCCCCUGGGAGCUCUGGGUGAGACAGCCUGUUUUCUGGGAGGGAGCUGGAUUCUAGAAUUUUUUAAGGUUGAUUGACUUUUCAGAAAGUAAGAGAACAAAACUACUGAAGGAUGGAGAAAUGAGUAUUAUACAUGUCAAUACUUCACUUUCUCAAUUAAAAAGAAAUCAUGAAAGUACCAUAUUAUGAGUAUUAAUCUGAUGUUGCUGUUGUUGGCUGAAGAUAGAUUAGAUCCAAACAUACAUGCUCAGUUUCUCCAAAGUAUGCUGCUUUUCAUAUUAGUCUUAAAUAUGAUUAUCAAUAUAUCUACUGAGAAUCACCUACAAUAGAGGAUUUGGACACUUAAGACACAAUUAAUAUAUGAAUUUCUUUGCAUUUGAUGAAAAUCAAACCAAGUUGCAUCUGCAAACAAAUAAUGAACCAAUUUUCUAAUUACAUUUAAGUUCACACAGGUGUACUUCAUAUUAGCUAUUGACAUGUUCCACCAACAUUUUACAACCAGUAAGUGUCCAAAUACUUGCAAUUAUAUGUACAAUGUUUUUUGUUGUUUUAAAUAAAUGCUACUUGGUUUGUUAUUUUUUUUAGACAGUCAGACAUUUCGAAGUCUGAUUUAAGUAUCCAAAUACUUUUUGGGGUCACUGUAGUUUGUAAGUUCAUCAUUCAAUGAAGCAAGUCCCGUGUACUGUUCAUAUCUAAAGGAGUUAGCUUCCCUUUAGAUGUCCCAAAUAGUAAUGCAUUUCAGUGAUUCUGCAACCAAAAAUGAUUACAUUUAUGAUCUUGGUGUUUGUAAUUUUUAGUUAGUGUAAUAGAAAUGCCAUUAAGCAAGUGGCUGUUAUGUUGCACUACAUUGUGAAUGUGCAGUAGACAUCCUAUAGAAAUGAAUAGGAAACCAGGAACAAUGUUUAUUUUAUCAGUUUGUUCUCUUUUAAAAUAAUUUUUUUUCCAUCUGGAAUACUGUAAAUAUGUAUCGCCAAUGAUCAGACAUAGCCAAGUAUAAACAUCCUUUGUGUGUAAUUCUAUUUGUUUUUCUCUAAGCAGGAAAAUACUAAUUUGAAGAAAACUUAUAAGGAUAAUAGCAUAAAAGCAAACAGCAUUAUAUUGCAGAGUGUGGUGUAUUAGCAAAUAAAAGAUAUUCAGGGAAAAAGUUUUCUGAUGUCAUAACGUAUACAUAAUCCUUUUAUAUAAAUGCAAUGGGGUUCGGACGUCUAAGACCAAAAGUUCUUCUAUUAUGCAAUUUAUUUACAUAAUUUGAGUGAAAAGCUUAAUUGAAAUAUAAAUAUGAAUUUCAAAUUCCUGAUGUCGCAAAAGAAGUUUGAUCAUGAAAAUUGUGACUGUGGCGACAUUUUUGCAAAACUAUAUUAUGUUGCUCAUUACAUGUGUCGCAGCAGUUCAGAGGAAAAAUAAAUCCUGACAUGCUGAUCAUG